CUGUGAGUAUUUAGUGUCAAAAAUUAUAACGAUGUUUUUUAUAUUGCCGAAAUUCAUUGCAAAAAUAGGCAAAAUGAAAUGUGUCGUGCUAUUUGCAUUUUUAGUUCUAGGUUGCAGUGCUUACUCGCCUUAUGAUUAUAGAUAUUAUAGACGACAACCUGUUUUGAACUCUAGAGCUUACAAUUCAUCGGUUGCUCUUUAUCCGCACACAUCUGUACAUCCUGUAGUUUCGCGUCCACACUCAGUGUUACAUCCUGGGUUUUCACGUCCACACCUUAUUAGCCAAAUUCAACCAAGUCAUAUUACUCCAAUAUAUGGAUCUUCUCAUAGAAGUAGCUCUUUAAUUCAUCGAGGCAGUUCAGUACGGGGCAGCCGAGUUGUAGGAUCUAGAGCUCACUAUAGCUUGAGAGGAAAACGCGAAGUUGAUACGGAAGAAUAUUAUCAAUCAGCCAAUUCCGUGAUUAAUGUUGCCCCUGGAUCUGUUGCUACUGAAUCAUUGGAUAUUCAACCUGCAAAGACUCAGAAAAAUUAAAAAAAAUAUUGUUUGACGAUCAGAUGAUUGAUUUGUAUAAACUGUCAAAAUCUUUAAUCUCAGCUGUACAUUCAAUACAUUUUAUAAAACAAUGAGCAUUGAUUAAACCGCCAAUCGAAUAAGAUUUACUUUAAUUAAGUACAUAUGAAAAUAAGUUAGAAUUUUUUGACAUCUUUCCGAAUUUUUUCAUUUUAAACGUGUUAAAUAAAGAUAAGUGACGUAAUGAUGACUCAAACAAUCAUAAAAAGGAAAUUUUUCAAUGACGUUAUUGUACUAACUGCACGUGAACUAACAAAUUGGAAUUAAUGAUUGUUACAACGUUGUGAUGUCAGAUAAUUUUGACAAAAUUUUAAAAUACAUUGAUAUUUGAAUGGGUCGUUAGAAUUUAAUAAUGUUAAUGGAUUUAUAAUGAAAAAUAAACGUAUUGAAGCAGA